AUGUCAACAUACACCCCGCCACCCUCAAACCCUCCCACCCGCAAGCACUCUCUACACUACAUCCUCUCCCCAACAGAACUAGCUCGAGAUGCUCCAGAUGUCCCCAAUGUCGCCUCACCUACGUCGGCUCACCGCGCCCUACCGGACACCCACACUCCACAACACGCCAACGGCAACAGCAAGGACAAAGGCAAGAACUCUAAUGGAGCCAUUAAGCCCAAGUGCACGCCACGACCAGCUCUAGGGGGUCUCCCGAAAGAGGUCCUUGCGGCGAUUGCCAUUAAUCUGGUCGUCGACGACGAGGGCAACGGCCAGCGCCCGUCCCGCAUGAUGGCGUUGCUGUACACGUGCAAGGCCAUCUACAGCAAACUCAAGUUUGACAACAACCCCGUGCUUUACAACCGUUUAUUCCGAGCGACGUUUGACCUCGGUGCGUUGAUACGUCGCACCCAGUGGAUGUUCGACGUUAAGACCGAUAUCCCGGGCACGAGCAAGAAGACCGAGCUGUUCGCCAAUCCGCGCUCAUGGGCAACCGAGUACAGGGAUCGUUGGUCAUUGCGAAACCGUAUGCGUGACUGUGUGCGCUACGACAAGCUCAACCUCGACUGCAUUGACACCGACUUGUGGGCGCUAUGGUUCCUCUGGACCGAGAACGACAAGAAGAACUUCAAGUUCCUCUAUGAGGAGUGCCUGUUCUACCAAUGGAUCAUGGUCAACUACAAGGAUGACAUGCUGUCUGAUUCGCUCAAGACUGGGUAUCCGCGUGACACGCCGGUCAAGGCGCUCGGCAUCUGGCUUGCCAUGAUCUCAGGUUCCGACCUGUAUGGUGAGCGUACUCCAGCCGAGGUCGACGAGAAGAUCUUCCUCCUGCGGCCCUACGCCUUCGCAUGCUUCAAGUACGAGAUGAUGUACGCAGACUGGAAGUACCGCAAGUUGCCACUCUGCAAGCCUGGGUGCACGGAUCACCCUGUCAUCUCGUCAUACACCGCACAGUACAACCGGUUCGGACAUUCGCACCGCCGGGCACCGCCGCACUUUGUCCUCGGAGCCUACCUGUGUUACAUGCGCAUCUUGGAGCGACAACCUGGGCGCAUCGGUAUGAAAGCCGGGAGCAGCACGGUGUUCCUCGACGAGGCGGGCACUGGCGUCUUCACAGUCAACCACCUUAUGCCAUCGGUCUAUCACGACCCAGAGUGGCAGCGAAACACAGUCUGCCAGGACCCACACACGUCCCCUGGUUUGCCGCCUCUGACGUUCCUCGGACGACUGGAAGGCUUCUGGCGGGGACGCCUGCUCUUCUUUGACUUUGAUGCCUACCGCCAAAUGCUGGCAGGUAACAUGCCUGCAGUGUAUACGGGCACGUUUGCGACGCAUGCUGCCGAAGCGGAGAUCAGGGAGACGGUGAUCCAGGUUCGAGAGGAGGACGUUGGCGGAAAGGGUUCCCUCCUAAACGCAGGGUUCGCCGACGAGGAGAGGGAGGAAGAACAGGAGCGCAUCCGGACUGGCUACGGCCACAAAGUUCUUACGGGCGACGACCUGAAGAAGGCGGACCCACCUGGGUACACGAAGGAGAUCCUCCUGUCAGGACGGGUCCGCAGCAGCUGGGGCUGGUCGCGCGUCCGUGGCCGUGUGCGCUCUUGGGACGGGCUGGUCCAGAUCUCGUUAGGAAACUCUACCCCUCACCCUCUCGGCCAGUGGAUCUGGCGCGGGUACAUUCACACUGGAGGGUACCUCAUCGGACGAUGGCGCGACACGUACACGCCCGAGUCGCAGUUCGGUUACGAGGGCCCGCUUGGUAUGGUGCGAGCGGGUGACAUGUACUACCCUAGCCACUUUCCCAAGUCGAUGGCGGCGUCGACUGGCACCACCAAGCUCGACUUUGGUCCAGACGGAGGAACUCAAGGCCCUGGGCCGGGGCAGAUCCACAACCGCAUGCCCAGAAGCCAGAUCCCCAAGAGCCCGAUGUCUCACACUUCGGCGUCGAGCGGCUCGCGUGAGAGUUCUGACGAUCCGAUGGAGGGCCGCAAACGACGGGUUGCAGACGAUGCGUUGCCUCCGCGUAAACGGCGAGAUUCUGAGCGGCCUGGGAGCCGCGCGAGUCGUGACAGCAAUUCACGGGACAUGUGGGAGAUGAGGCCCAACAGCAGGGGCAGCCGACGAGACAGCGACAGUCGGAGCGGGAGCAUGAGCGAGCGGCCGCGGGCCGGCAGCCGGAGCGAGUAG